GUGCCUCUGGAAGAACCGUGGGGCAGACAACCGCGUGGAGAGCCGGGUAGGGGUGGAGGCAGCCGGCGAUGCUGGGAAGGAGCUGCAGGGACCCCCAGAAAAGGCCACAAGGUGACCCAGGACUCAGGACUCAGGAACAUGAGACUUGAGGGAGGAGAGACAGAUGGCCAGCCACGAGCGACCCUGCUACCCACACCCAAUGGCAGUGGGCUGAGCCAGGAGCUUGAAAGCCAUUGGCCAGGGAUCCAAGAGAUGUCCCCGUGCGUGGCUGGUGUCAUCCCCGUCAUCUACUACAGCAUCCUGCUGGGCCUGGGGCUGCCUGUCAACCUCCUGACCACAGUGGCCCUGGCCCGCCUCGCCGCCCGGACCAGGAAGUCCUCCUACUACUACCUCCUGGCACUCACGGCCUCGGAUGUCGUCACCCAGGUGGUCAUCGUGUUCGUGGGCUUCCUCCUGCAGGGAGCUGUGCUGGCCCGAGAGGUGCCCCAGGCUGUGGUGCGCACGGCUAAUAUCCUACAGUUCGCCGCCAACCAUGCCUCAGUCUGGAUCGCCGUCCUGCUCACGGUCGACCGGUACAGUGCCGUGUGCCACCCCCUGCACCAUCGGGCCGCCUCAUCCCUAGGCCGGACCCGCCGGGCCAUCGCCAUUGUCCUCGGUGCUGCCCUGCUGACUGGCAUCCCUUUUUACUGGUGGCUGGAUGUGUGGAGGGAUGCGGACCCCCCAAGCACGCUGGACGAGGUCCUCAAAUGGGCUCACUGCCUCACCGUCUAUUUCAUCCCUUGUGGUGUUUUCCUGGUGGCCAACUCGGCCAUCAUCUGCCAACUGCGGAGGAGGGGCCAGAGUGGGCUGCGGCCCCGGGUGGGCAAGAGCACAGCCAUCCUCCUGGGUGUCACCACGCUCUUUGCCCUCCUUUGGGCACCCCGGAUCUUUGUCAUGCUCUACCACCUGUACGUGGCCCCUGUCUACCGGGACUGGAGGGUCCACCUGGCCUUGGAUGUGGCCAACAUGGCGGCCAUGCUCAACACAGCAGUCAACUUUGGCCUCUAUUGCUUUGUCAGCAAGACUUUCCGGGCCACUGUCCGCGAGGUCAUCCGUGAUGCCCGUCUGCCCUGCACCCUGGGGUCCCGGCCAGAGGGCGUGGUGGUAGAGCCUGUGCUGAAGCCUCCAGGGCUCCCCAAAGGGUCAGAAAUGUAGAGGAGGGGUCUAGCCGGGGAGUUUGGGGUGGCUCAGGCCCAGAUGUGCUGGGGCAUUUGUGGUUAUGCCCGCAAAACUUUAUCAACACCCUACUUUGCAAUCUGGGGGUGGGGAGAGAGGCUCCUUCCUUUGGGGGUGGCUCCCCAGGUAGAGGGGAGGACAAUUUAUCCAACCCUUACCUUAGCUUCACUAG